AAUUAAAAGUGAAAGUAGAAAUAUGAGGUCUGUACACAUCGACAAGUCUGUGUUAACGGCCGGAUCGACUAGGGGACGUAUUAACUAAGGGGCGGAUAGUCUAGGGACGAAUCGGUAAUGGGACGAAUCGACUAAGGGACAGAUUGAUAAUGGGACGGAACAUGUAGAAAUCCUGGAUAGUCAGUGUCAGUGCUGGUAGAUUCUAGAACUUUGACAGCCAAUGGCAAAAGAGAUUUGUCCAUUCUUUGGUGUUUUGCUAGGCCAGGAAACUAAGGCAGGAUGGCACAUAACGGGAUGCUGUCACUUCAUUGACCCCAGUCCAGAAAAAUUCACAGCCCAAAAAGAAUCGGUUUCACAAUAUCUCUCUGGUGGAUUACAGAUAUCUGGAAUAUUUUUGGAAACUCAUUCUUUGCUGGAGAAAGACAUUGCCAAUACAGUCAGCAAAUAUUCUAACAGACACCAGAAUGGUUUAGUGAUAUGUGUUAGACAAAACAAAGACAACAAAUUCUCCGAGGACAAUAUAUUUUUGUCCACCGACCUGAACCAUGUACAGAAACCAACAGUCAGUAUAACAGAAGAUGGCCCUCCCCUCAUUACAGUCAGGUUGAGGCACUCAGUUACACUUUCAGUAAGGGUGGAUGGAAAAAAAGGUUCGCUGAAAAAUGGAUUGUCCUCUGUGAUAGAAAAUUUGUGCAAUACCUUAUCAGCGGCAUCUACUGUAUAUAGGCUGCAGGACACACCAGUGGUGUUCAGCCGUACAAGCUUAGUCGGGGUUACAUCUGAGGAUGUUUGCUCCAGUUUACUUGACCUCUCCAAUGCAGACCAAGAUGAAUUUGUCCGUGGAAAGCAGAAACAGUCAAAAUCGAAGAUAGAGCGAACAUUGCAUUGUGAUCUACUGCAAAAUAUCACUGUUACAGAUGGGACCAGUGAAGGGCCCCUUUGUGCUCCUAUUAUACAGCACAAUCUAGAGAAAUUCAAGGCUGUAAAAUUGACACUCCCCAUUGAUGUGUGCUGUCAGGUCCACCCGGAUGCCAUGGUGACAACCUUAGGAGAGUACAUGACAACAGCUAUUUGUAACCAGCUCAGGGCAAUGCGAGACUGCUUCAUCAAGAAUACUGAGGGUGACACUCUACCAAAUGUGCAAUCCUUUCAUUUCCAACCAUGGAAGUCCUCAGCAAUGAUUACAGUUAUCUACCCUGAAGGGAAAACGGAGGAGGAGUUAGAAAGCAGACGUCGGGAAUUACAUUCUUUGUUUUGUAUGUCAAUGUCACGACCAGUUUUUAGAAGAGGAAAUGCUUUCCUUUUUCCUGAGAACAUUAUCCAGUAUGGCUAUCUCAUUAACCCUCAUCAGUACAUUACCACUCAAUCAAUGAAAGGUGGAACACAGUAUUUAGUUCAGGGUCUGUACAGCUAUCACCAUUACAUGCAGGAUCGCUUUGAUGACAACAUGUGGGGCUGUGCCUACAGGUCUCUCCAAACCCUGGUCUCUUGGUUUCAGCUUCAAGGUUACACAAACAAACCUAUACCAACUCACAGAGAAAUACAACAGGCACUGGUGGAUGUGGGGGACAAGGAGCCAAAGUUUGUGGGAUCCCGACAAUGGAUUGGGUCAAUGGAGGUCAGCUACUGUUUGGAUCACAUAAUCGGGAUUACAUCUCGCAUUGCCUUUGUUAGUGAGGGAAGUGAACUUGUCACAAAAGGGAGAGAACUAGCACAGCACUUUGAAGUUCAGGGAACUCCGGUGAUGAUAGGGGGCGGAGUCCUAGCACACACUAUUCUAGGAGUGGACUUUAACGAGGUCACUGGUGAUGUCAAGUUUCUGAUACUGGACCCUCACUACACCGGGGCAGAGGAUUUGAAGGUCAUUCUAGACAAGGGCUGGUGUGGUUGGAAGGGAAUGGAAUUCUGGGACAAGACAGCUCACUACAACAUGUGUUUACCUCAAAGACCCGUCGUGAUUUAAAUCCAGCGGACACUACUAACAAUUAAGGGAAAAUUUGAUACUAAGUCGGUAUAUGCCAUUAAAUUUCCAGAUCAAUUAUUAAAAGGACCAAGGAACCAAAACAGUCUAAUGUAUUUUAAAUAUGUGUAAUAAAAUCAUAAUGUCUUUCCUCUUUUCAUGUUUGCCGAAGGGAGGCUUUGUUGUCAUGAAAUUAACAAAAACACAUUACUAUCAAUUUAAACAGAUAAAAAGUGUGUAUCAGAAAAUAAACAUAUUAUCCCGAUACAUGUCGCACAGGUCUCAGUGAGCAUUGUGAGUUGUAAGCAGCUGAAGUGUGCUAACAUCUACUGGUUAAUCUUUGUUAAUUUAAAAGUCUUUAGUGUCGAAGUUUCUGUAUACAUGAGUAUUACAUUGUUUUUUGCUGUUGCAGCCUGAAGUUAUUCAUUUACAUUAAAAUUCAUAAUGUC